AAUGAAGGAAAAAGUCGUGACUUGCUGCUCGAUUGAUGGGAGCGCAGUAAUAGUCUCUGAAAGAGGCGAAUUGUCUUUCAAGUGCGUCGUGCGGAGCGUGAGCAAUUUUGGAACCGGGACAAGUUGACAUGACCGCAGAGCCACUGAAAUCUCAGGCGUGCGGGAUGUUUAUAACGUGCCAGGAGUUUUAUGGAGCUUCACACAGUGAAUACAACAUAGUUUGGAGUGAGCAUAAAGGAAAAGCGGGCAGAUUUAAGUCGAUUUAACGUUCCGCAGUCGUUUUAAAUGUAGUGCUGAUCCGCGUUCGGCUCCCGCUUUACUGUCGGAUCUGUUGGACUCGGAGUCGGAUGGAGGAAUAUGACCGCAGAUGUUAAGAAUGAAGUGACCGCGAGGCCUUACAGACGCUCCGUACUGUUGUGUUGCUCCGGACCGCGAUCACAGAGGAUCCAGAACGUGCGAGCGCAUUCUGUUUUCUUUGUGUGAGUAAAAACUACCUCAGACGCUUCGGGGAGGAACUCUAAACGGGGAUCCAGACUUUCCCAGCAGCCGAGUUUUAUCUUAUCGAGCUGCCUCUCUCUCUCUCUCUCUCUCUCUCUCUCUCUCUCUCUCUCUCUCUCUCUCUCUCUCUCUCUCUCUCUCCCUCUGUUUCUCUUCACACCCGGCUCGCUCUGACAGACUGGAUCUGUCAGCCUAGCGGACAACAGCACCAGCCUGCCAACGUUCAGUCUGUGCCAAGGCACCACUGUCCUGUCCUCUAGCUGGACUUGUACAUUCAUUUUCACUCCUUACUGUUGACCAGUGGCCCAUUGUUGUUGUUAUUUUUUCCUCUCAUCUGAAGUAAUCAUACUGUUUUUUUGCUGACAGCUUUUUAAGAUUUUUUCUAUUUUUUGUUAGAGGGGUGUGUGUAUAUAUAUAUACACACACACACACACACACACACACAUACAUAUAAAGAUACAGUGCUACAACACGAAGGAUUUCUGCUUCCGUUUGAAGGAUAUAUGCACUUUUGGAGUUUACCCAGGACGGAAGGUGUGAAGAGGGGUGGAGCCACUCGUGAACAAAUUUAAGUGGAAAAUAAGUGGAUUUUUUUUUUUUUUGUGCUUGAAAACAGUUCUCUUUCUCUUUUCUCUCCUUUCUGCCACAUCAAGGAGUACGGUCAUGACUCUCUGGCUCGUGGAGGCUUUAAGCUAUCAAUUUACUUGAUUUCCGAAAGUCAGAGGUAGUUGUGCAGGCGAAGGAGACGCUGUCGUCACUUUUGGAAAAACUCCCAAAAAACACACAAAAACAAAACAAACAAAAAAAACAGAAAACCAGGUGAGAGCGCCGCCCUUGCCCCAGCCUGCGGUGGAAAAAGGCGCUACCCGGGUGCGUCCGACACUUAUGUAUUGUUGCAGCGUGCAAGAAAGUAAAAUGGACUACAAGCGGCGCUUCUUGCUUGGCGGGUCCAAGCAGAAAGUGCAGCAGCAGCACCAGCAGUACCCAGCGAUGCCGGAGCUCAGCCGUGCCCUCAGUGCCCCUCUCGGGACUUCCUGCUCCGCCCCUUCGCCCCUGGCGCCUGUAGGCUCCUCCCCGUCCGGCUGCCACGACCCUUCAGCUGCCAACGCCACCACAGCCAUCGCGGACAUCCAGCAGGGCAUCUCUAAAUACCUGGACGCGCUGAACGUCUUCUGCCGCGCCAGCGCCUUCCUGACCGAGCUCUUCGGCAGCGUUUUCCGGAACUCGCGCUACUCCAAAGCGGCCAUGCAGCUGAAGGACGUGCAGGAGCAUGUGAUGGAGGCGGCUAGCCGGCUCACGGCGGCCAUAAAGCCCGAGAUUGCCAAGAUGCUGAUGGAGCUCAGCGCUGGAGCAGCCAAUUUCAAAGACCAGAACGACUUCAGCCUGCAGGAUGUGGAGGUGCUGGGCCGCUGUUUCCUGACGGUCAUGCAGGUACAUUUCCAGUUCCUGUCUCAGGCUCUGCAGAAGGUGCAGCCAGUGGCGCAGUCAUGUCUGGCAGAGGCGCUGGCCCAGGUACAGGAGCGCUGCACGGGCGCUCGAGCGCAGACCACUGCCCCAGGACCCCUCAGCGAGCUGGAGGAGGCCGCCCGGUCAUGGAAAGGGGCUUCAGAGGUUACAGCACGUCUGCGGGAGCGGGGUCGCGAUGGCUGCUUGGCGGGGAUUCAGGUGCAGCAGCUCUUCUGCUCUCACAGCCCCUCCCUCCCCGAGCACCAGCUCAAAGAACUCAACCUGAAGAUCAACAGCGCUCUGCAGGCAUACAGGAGCGCGCUGGACUCUCUGGGACACUGUGAGUACGCACUCAAAGGGGGCUUUCACCUGAAUCCCAAAGCUGCAGAAGCUGCGUUGCAGGGUUGCUGCAGCGAGGCUGAGGCCCAGCAAGCAGGCCGGAUGCAGACCACCUCUCAGCCCCUCCAGUGUGAGUUACCCACAAUCCCCCUGCAGAUCGGCUCACACUUCCUCAAGGGAGUCUCCUUUAACGAGUCCGCCGCUGACAACCUCAAACUCAAAACGCACACCAUGCUGCAGCUGAUAAAGGAGGCAUCGGGGCAGAACGGGGUUUCCCCACGGGACGACUCCCCCGUGACAGAGGUGCUGAACCUCGUGUGCCCGUCCAGCUGGAGAGGAGCCUGCAAGACCGCCGUGCAGCUGCUCUUCGGACAGGCCGGACUGGUUGUGGUGGACACGGCUCAGAUAGAGAAUAAGGAGGCGUACGCUCCCCAGAUUACUCUAGAAGGAUCCAGGGUUGUAGUUCAGGUCCCUUCCACAUGGUGUCUGAAGGAGGAUCCGGCCACCAUGUCUCUGCUGCAGCGCAGCCUGGACCCUGAGAAAACCCUCGGCCUGGUGGAUGUGCUCUACACGAGCGUCUUCGACCUCAACCGCUGGAAGGAGCGCAAGGAGCAAGCCCUGCCCACCAUCCAGAUCCAGCUUCAGAGGGACACAUCUGAUUAUGGGGUCCCUGCCGAGCUCCACCCUUGUAGCAGCACCAAGCCAUCCAGCGGCCUGCCCAAGACGAUCUCCAAACUCACCUCCAAAUUCACCAAGAAGACCUCUUCCAGCUCGAGCACCGGCGGCAGCUACUCUAUCCCCAGCACGCCCUCUCGCAGCAUGUUGGCCACCGGUGGCGCGGGAAACAGUGGCCAGGACGAUAAGCCGAAGACGCUGGGUGAUGGACGGCUGCACAGUCUGCUCCAGAUGAGCGUGCCUGGCACCCCUGACCCGGGGCAGCAGGUCUCCAAUGGUUCGAGCCCAGACGAGCAGGGCAUGAACCUGCCCACGGACCAGGAGAUGCAGGACGUGAUCGACUUUCUGUCUGGCUUCAACAUGGGCAAGUCCCAGCAGGCCUCGCCGCUGGUAAAGAGAAGGAACUCAGUGGCCUCUACGAAUGCAGCUGAUCUGAAGACGACCAGUGCAGUGGCUCCACCCACUUCGCAGGCGCAGGUUCCACACGGUGCCAUCCCGCUGGUCCAAACUCUGCCCCAACCACAACCGCAGCAACCACCCCAACCACCACCACAACAGCAGCAACCUCAGCUCCCCUCUACUCCCAAACAGCAACAGCAGACAGCAGUACCCCCGCAGCCCCAGGCCCAACCCCAGCCUUCACCUCAGACACUGCAGUACUACCAGCACCUCCUGCAGCCUAUUGGCCAGCCGCAGCCUCAGCAGCCACCGCCGGUAUCCCCCCAGCUCCCAUCUCAGCAGCCCCCGCCACCCCAGCCUCUGAACCAGCAGAGGGCCCCCAGCAAGUGGCCCCAGGGCCCACCAGCAGGGCUCUCCCCGAUUGGACACAUGACCCAGUGGGGCACGCCUGGCCUCCCGGACCUCAGCUCAGACCUAUACAGCCUGGGGCUGGUCAGCACCUACAUGGACAGCAUGGUGUCCGAGAUGUUGGGCCACAAGGCGCCGCCGGGGCCGCGCAACAACACCUGGCCUAAUCGAGAGCAGAGCGAGCAAGGAGUGUUUGGGGUGCUGGGGGACACCAUCCCCUUCGACCCUGCAGUUGGCUCAGAUCCGGAGUUUGCGCGUUACGUUGCUGGGGUCAACCAGGCCAUGCAGCAGAAGCGGCAGGCGCAGCAUGUCCGUCGCCCUAGCAACGCCCGCAGCAACUGGCCACUCCCCGACGACCAGCACAGAACCUGGUCCCACCCAGAGUACUACAGUGAAGGGGAGGCGGUGAACAGUACCUGGUCAGCCAAUCAGGGCGACUCUGCCAGCUCGAGUGACGAGACCUCUUCGGCCAAUGGGGACAGCCUGUUCUCUAUGUUCUCUGGCCCUGACCUGGUAGCAGCAGUGAAACCAAGACGGAAGCACAGCUGUGGUGAGCAGGAAGUGUGUACGCUGCCCUCUCCCCCUCUCCAUCACACCAGCGAUGACAAUAACCAGGACAGCAAAACUAAAACUUGGCCCCCGAAGGCGCCGUGGCAGCACUCCUCCCACUCCAACACGAUGCCCAAUCCCAGCUCUUCCCUCUAUCAGAUGCCCAUCCCUUCCAGCCAGUGGAGCGACUCCAUGCAAAUACUGCAGUCCCCCGUGUGGUCGACAGCCAACGACUGCACUCCUUCCAGCGGCCUCUCCUCUGGCUUCCCUUUCGCCCAGCAGCAGCAGCAGCAGCAGCAGCAGCAGCAAGCCUCGCAGCACAAAGCUCUCAGCAAAGGCUUCAAAAACUUCCCGCUGAAACCCGAACACCGGCCGUCGUACCUGCACCAGUACUGAGCCGGCCUAGUACUGCUGCAAGUUGCCUUUUAAUCGCUGUUGUAGGUCCAGGGAUUACGUUUCGAGUGUAAUAGUGCAAAGGUUAGGGCCGCGUAGGCUUUAGACUGGUCCUAGAUCAACAAUUAAGGGUGGCCAUUUCGGUAUGCCAAGGUUGGAAUCCGCGUUGGCGGCGGACAGUGCUAGGGGCGCGUUCAAAAGGUGGGACGCUGCAGAGCGAAUUGAUUAAACAAGCCCAUUUGCCAAGGAACCAUGUUAGCCACUCCAGCCCGAAGGGUUCGAAGCUGGACAGGAAUAACGUACGAGGUCAGGUGGGCGCCAUCUCACUGUUCGGCUCUUGGGCCUAGUACAAAACUGUAGCCGAGACAUUCUUCUCGACCCUUACUCCGACUACCAACCUGUACAUUUUGAUAGUUCUUUAGACGAGUGUGGUUUUUAUAGGCAGAAUUUGUAUUGAACGUUGUGGCGAUUUUUUUUUUUUUUUUUUUCCCCUUUUUUGUAUUCGUUAGACCGCGAGUUCCUCCCCCGGCUACGACGAAAUCGUCCUAACUGCCAUCCGCGCCGUUCUAGUGCAUGAUUCAUGCUUCCCAGCAGCUCGUACAAGUUGUGGCUUGAGCUUCCACUCCACAGCUCGACUGAACACUCCGCUCAGCCGUCUGGAAUUCUGUAAAAUUCCAGUUCUGGAAUUAAAAAAAAAAAAAAAAUAGUAAUAGAGUUUACCAUGAAUUCCAGAUUCUAGGUUCCUUCGGCCUGGCUGCGGAAGGCAGGCGACUUAUCCGGCGUGUUCCUCGGGGGUGGACUGGGUGACGCGCGUGGCCGUUUAACCAUCGAGAGGCCUGGGCCGCGACCGGGACGCCACCCAUGACUAAACUGUGUCGAAAAAAAGCUGUAACUGCCAAAUCUCGUGUCGGAUCACCCAGACCACAGCUCCCAGCUGCUGUUCCAUAGCUUGUAAAUGACUCGGAAGGAAAAAAAUAAAUAAAUAUAAUUUACUUCUUUUUAUGAAGAAGCUUUGAGCAGGCUCGGCAGAAACUAUAGUACUCAUAGCAAAUGUGUAAUUUGAGAAGAAAUACACUACUUUUUCAACAUCUGACAAAGUUUAAAGAAAUAAUAAUAAAACGUAUAAAAACAUUAGCAGUGAACUACGUGCCAUGUUGAUAUUAAAGCACUUGCAUCGUUUUUUUUUUUUUUGUUUUUUGUUUCCUCCUUCAACCAAAGCGUUGUUCAUUGGGUGAAAGGUGCUUGAUUUAAGAAAACAGUCUGGGAGUUCUAGUAACCUGCUAUGAAAUGCCCCCUGGGGGUAAAAGUCAACGUUUUCAUGUUUUGUUUUUUUGUUUUUUGAUUGGCUUAUUUUUUCCAGAAUGACACUAACACUAAAAACAAACAUAACAUCUUGUUCCUUUGAAAUACGAUAUAUUUCUUGUACAAAUAUUGACAGUAUUAAUCUUAUUUUUCUAUUUUCUUACAUGUUAUACCAUUUACUGUAUAUGUUAACAUAAUAUAGGCAUAUUAAGUAAAACAUUAUUUUUCCCAAGAUGUGAAAAGCACAUUUUUUUUCUUUUCUACAGAGUUGAAAUAUACGUGUUAUAUCUACAAAAGGUUACCAAAUACGCCAUUACCAACACUAAAAACGUUUAUAGAUUGGGGUGUUUGGGUUUUUGUUUUUUUUUUUUUGUUUGUUUUUCUUUUUGAACCCGUACCUUUUCGGUUUAUGGCUGCGGGCUGCUUUGAAACGGCCCAGAAUGUUAACUUUUUUGUGAUGUUUGCGGAUGCCAAUGUUGCCUGUAUUUAUGAUAUGACCAUGUUUUCUGAAAAACUAACAUACUUACCAUGUUUACAGAGAAUCGUUUGCUGUAUAUAAAUAUAUCUUUUUAUAGUUCUGUGCUUUGCACAAUCAAAACGUAGGGGUUGUUUGCUUUGUCUGUGUUCUCGCCCAAACUUGCAGCCUUUUUAAAAAAAACAAAAAAAAAAACAAAAACAAAGAAACAACAAAAAAAAAGAAGACAUCAACAAAGACCUUGGACUGUAAACAUUCAGUUUAGCAUUUAUCAACUGUGUCAAAAAAAAAAUGGUUUACUAGUGGCUUUCAAGAAUUAUUAAAACCAGUUUGAAUUAAUACGACA